AUGUCUUCAAUUGAAAAUUCUAAUGUUCAACCAACAAGGAAAAAAGGAGCGAAAAUUUUAAAUUUAUGGAAGGGCGAACAAGAUAUUUUAAAUUAUUCUGGUCUUUCCAGAAGAUCAAUAGCAGCAUUAAAAAAUAAAGAAAUUUUAGAAAAUAAUAAUGAUAGUGAUAGUGAUAAUAAUAAUAAUAAAAAUAAGAAAUCGACAAAAUCUAAAAAUUCAAAGAAAUCAAAUUUAAGUGGUGAAGAUAGUGAAAAUGAUGAUAAUGAUGUAGAAAAAGAUGAAAAUGAAAAUAAUGAUGUAGAAAUGAAAGAUGAGGAAGAAGAAGAAGAAGAGGAAGAAGAAUUAGAGGAGGAGGAAGAAGAAGAUGAUAGUGAAGAUAGUGAUGACUUAUCUAAAAAAAGUAGAGGUAGACCUAAAGCAUCAGUUUCUAAACCACCACCACCAAAAGUUCCAAAAAGUAAACCAAUAGCAAAAACAAACAAUAAAAAGAAUAGUAACACAAAAGAAGUAAUAAUAAAAGAAAAAUCUAAAAUAACGACGACAACAACCACAACCACAACAGCAACAACCACAGCAACAAUAACACCACCACCACCAAAACCAGUAUCAAAACCUGUUGGUAAACCAAAAGGUUCAGUUUCAAAAAAAGCGGCAGCAUUAGCAAAGAAAAAAAAUAAUGUACAAUCAGAAUCAGAAGAAUCAGAAGAAUCAGAAUCGGAAUCAGAAGAAGAUGAAGAAGAAGAGGAAGAAAAAGGGGCAAAUAAAAAUAAAAAGAAAAAUGAAAAAGAAAAUCAAGUAAAAGGGGAAGGAGAGGAUGAUGAUAAUGAAAAAGAAGAAGAUGGUGAAAAUAAUACAAUCGAUGAAAGUGAUGAUGAAAUUGAUAAAUUUAAACAAAUGGAUCCAAUUGAAAGAAUUAAAAAAGAAUAUUCAAUUGAAAAAAUUUUAGAUAAAAGAUAUAUAAAACCAAAUAAAGAUGAUAAUAAUAAUAAUAAUAAUAAUAAUAAUAAUAAUAAUAAUAAUAAUAAUAAUAAUAAUAAUAAUAAUAAUAAUAAUAAUGAAGAAAUUUUAGAAGUUUUAGUUAAAUGGAAAGAUUUAUCAUAUAUUCAUAGUUCAUGGAUAAAUUCUAAAUUAAUGAAUCAAACUAGAUCAAGUAAGAUGAGAUUACAAAGAUUUAUUCAAAAGAAUAUUGAAAAUGAAGAUAAUAGUGAUUUAUUAGUUUCAUCAACACAACCAAGUUGGGAAGAAUUUACAGAGGUUGAGAAAGUAUUGGAUGUUAGAACAGUUUCAGUUACAUCAAAUAAAUUUAAAGCGGAUAAACAAUAUUUAAUUAAAUGGAAAUCCAUUAGUUAUUCAUUGUCAACAUGGGAAUAUCAAGAUGAUUUUAAAGAUGAUUUAAAGAUUGAACAAUAUUAUAAAUUGAAUGAAAUGCCAUCAAAAGAAGAGUUGAGAGAUAAACCAAGACCACCUAGAACCGCAUGGAAAAAGAUUGAUCAAAGUCCAGACUAUUUCACAAAGGGUAAUAAAUUAAGACCAUACCAAUUGGAAGGUUUAAAUUGGUUAUCAUUCUGUUGGCAUGAACAAAGAAACUCGAUAUUGGGUGAUGAAAUGGGCUUGGGUAAAACAGUACAAAGUGUAUCAAUACUUGAAACACUUAGAAAAGUACAUGGUAUACGUGGUCCUUUCUUGGUGGUUGCACCUUUGACAACCAUUCCUCAUUGGAAAAGAGAGUUUGAAAAUUGGACCGAUAUGAAUGCAUUGGUUUAUCAUGAUUCAGGUGCUGGUCGUCCAAUUUGUAGAAAUUAUGAAUUCUAUUUAAAAGAUAAAGAUGGUGGUGGUGGUGGUGCUAGUGGUGGUGCUAGUGGAAAGAUCACUAAAUUCAAUGUAUUGAUUACAACCUAUGAAAUGGCAAUUACAGAUCGUACACAUCUAUCAAGAAUACCAUGGAAAUAUUUAGUUAUUGAUGAAGCACAUCGUUUAAAGAAUAAAUCAUGUAAAUUAACUAUAGAACUUAGAUCUUACAGUUUCGAUCAUUUAUUAUUAUUGACUGGUACACCAUUACAAAAUAAUACUCAAGAACUUUGGUCAUUAUUGAAUUUCCUCGAUCCAAAACAAUUUUCAAAUUUAGAUCAAUUCUUAUUGGAAUAUGGUGAUUUGAAAGAGUCAUCACAAGUUGAAAGUUUACAAGCCAUACUUAAACCUUAUCUACUUCGUCGUAUGAAAGAAAGAGUGGAGAAAUCAAUCGCACCAAAAGAAGAGACAAUCGUAGAGGUGGAAUUAACAACAGUGCAAAAGAAAUACUAUCGUGCAAUCUAUGAAAAGAAUUUCUCUUUCCUUAGAAAAGGUGGUAAAAGUAAUCAAGGUCCAAGUCUAUUGAAUAUCAUGAUGGAGUUAAGAAAAUGUUGUAACCAUCCAUAUCUUACAAAAGGUGUAGAACAAUCUGAAACUAGUAGUAUCAAAGAUAAGGAUCAAAUUUUUCAAAAGUUAAUUCAAGCAUCUGGUAAAUUGGUGUUGAUUGAUAAACUACUUCCAAAGUUAAAACUUGGAAAUCAUAAAGUUUUAAUCUUCUCUCAAAUGGUUAGUGUAUUGGAUAUACUCGAUGAUUAUUUAACAUAUAGAGGUUAUCCACAUGAAAGAAUAGAUGGUUCAAUCAAGGGUAAUGAUCGUCAGGCUGCAAUAGAUAGAUUUUCUAAACCUGAUUCCGAUCGUUUCGUUUUCCUUUUAUGUACUCGUGCCGGUGGUAUUGGUAUUAAUUUAACCGCUGCCGAUACUGUUAUCAUCUUUGACUCUGAUUGGAAUCCACAAAAUGAUUUACAAGCUCAAGCAAGAUGUCAUAGAAUUGGUCAAGAUAAAAUGGUAAAAGUUUAUCGUUUAGUAACUAAAAAUACUUAUGAAAGAUUAAUGUUUGAUAAAGCUUCAAAGAAACUUGGUUUGGAUCGUGCAGUUUUAACAAAAAUGAAUUCUUUAGCAGAUAGUAAUAAUGGUAAUAAUUCAUCGUCAUCAUCAACUACAAAAGAUGAAUUACCAGAUAAAGAAACAAUUAAUUCAUUAUUAAAAUUUGGAGUUUAUGCAAUUAAAGAUGAUGAUACAAGUAGUGAAAAAUUCUAUGAAGAAGAUAUUGAUCAAAUUUUAGAUAGAUCAUUGGUUGUUAAACAAGAAACGGUUGGUGAUCCAUUAGCUUCAAGUUUUUCAACUGCUUCAUUUUGUUCAUCAUCUGCAACCACUCAAAUCGAUGUAAAUGAUCCAAACUUUUGGGAUAAAUUUGAACCAGAAUUAAAUAAAAAGAAAGAUGUAAUAUUACAACCAAGACAAAGAAAGAAUGUUCAAAGAUUUGGUACAUUUAAAGAUCAUGAAGAAUCAUCAGAUGAUGAAGAACAAUCUGAUUUUGAACCUGAUGAAGAUGAUGAGUCAACUAGAGAUAUUGGUGGAAUUAAUGGUACUAUUGGUGGUCAAAACUCUAUUAAUAAAAGUUGGACAGCUGGUGAAAGAAAUAAAUUAAAAUCAGCAAUGCUUGCUUAUGGUAGUAGUAGAUGGGAUCUAAUUAAAACAGUUGCUGGUUUAAAACGUUGGUCAGUUGAACAAGUUAGACAAUAUGGUAGAGCUUUCUUACAUAAGGUUUUAUCAAAUUAUAACUCUGAUAAAGAAAUACCUGAAAAUAAUAAAUUCACAAUGGAUAUGAUGAAUGCUUUAGUAGUGGAAUUAGAACCAUCAAUUCAUAGUUAUCAUUUAGAAAAAAAACGUUUAUUCGAUUUAGAAUUAAAACAAAAUGAAGAAGAGGAAAAUAAUAAUAAUAAUGAUAAUGAUAAAGUUAACUCUGAUUCAAUUGAAAAGGAAUCAUCAUCAUCAUCAUCAUCAUCACCAUCUUCAAAUAUUAAUCAAGAUAAUUCAAUUGAAAAGAAAGAAGAAAAUGAUACAACUGUUAAAGAUGAAAAAAUGGUAGAUAUUCAUGAAUUACAAGAAACAAAGGUAGAACCAAAUGUAAAUGCAAAUACAAAUUCAACAACAACUACUACAACAACAACAACAACUACUACAACAUUAUUAACAGAAUUUAAUGAUAAUGAUAAUAAUGAUGAAGGUUAUCAUGAAUAUUUAAAUCAUAUUACAUUGAAUGAUUCAUAUUUUACAGAAUAUUUAAAUAGAAAUACUAAAAAGAUUACUAGAAAGCUUCAUAAUAUGGCAUUGGUUAGUCAAAUUUUAAAAUUAGGAUAUCUUUCAGUCGCAGAAUUAUUGGGUGAUUUAUCAGAUGCUCCAUUCUCUUGGUGGAAAUCUGAUAAAGAUAAUGAUUUAUUAAUUGGUACUUAUAAACAUGGUUUCGGUGAAUAUGAAAUGAUUAGAAAUGAUCCAACAUUAUCAUUUUCAAAAUAUAAAUGGAAAUUAUCAACAGAUGACGAUGGUGGUGAUGAUUCAAAAUCAAAAACUGAAUCAACUACAACAACUACAAUUGAUGAAGAAGAGGAGGAUAAUGAAGAAGAAGGUGUAAAGAAAUGGCCAUCAGCAAAAGUAUUAUCACAUAGAGUUAAAAGAUUAUUAAGAACAAUGGAUUUCUUUAAGAAUAAAUUAGAAAAAGAAUCAAAGAAUGAAAAGAAAAAGAUUGAAAAAGAAAAGAAGCAAGAAGAAAAAUUAAAGAAACGUCAAGAACCAAAAGUUGAAUGGACUAAACGUGAAAAAGAUUCAUUUUAUCGUUGUAUUACAAUGUAUGGUAUUUUUGAAGAAGAAUCAUCAUUACCAACAACAACAACAACAACAACAACAACAACAACAACUUUAGAAACUACUACUACUACUGCUACUACUAUUCCAACAACUAAAAUUGAAUUAAAUUGGGAUUUAAUUAAAGAGAAAGCAUCACUUAAAAAGAAAUCAUCAGAAUUAAUUGAACUUUAUUAUAAUGAACUUAUUAGUAAAUGUGAGAGUGCUGUUCAAGAAGAAAAGAAAUUUAGAUCAAAUGUUUUAUUCAAUACAAAAGAGAAUCAAAUGAAAUUGAAACAAGAUAAAUUACAAAAAGGUGGUUUAUCAUCAUCUACUUCUUCAACUGAUUUACAACAACAACAACAACAAAGUACAGGUGAUGAUGAUGAUUUAUUAGAAGAUGACGAAAAAGGUGGUAAUAUUGAUAAGAAACCAAGUGGUAGUGAUGAACUUUCAUUAGUUCAAUGUAAAAGAGUAUUAUCAAGAAUUCAAUUCUUUCAGAAGCUUCGUAAUGUCGUAUUGAAAAUCAAAGAUUUAGAAGAAGUUUUUAAGAAUUUACCAUCACCAUAUCAUGGCUUCCCAAGUUGGUGGAAAACUGGUACUCAUGAUAUCUCAUUAUUACAAGGUGUCUCUAAACAUGGUUAUUCUCAAUAUGAAGAUAUUUGCAAUGAUCAAUCAUUACCAUUCCAUGAAUUAGCUCAAUCACUUCGUUUAGAUAAAGAAAAAGAAAAAGGAAGUGGUGGUGACAGUGGCGUUGAUGAUGAUGCCUCUGAUAAAAAGAGAAAGAGAAAAGAGAAUAUUUUAGAUCUAAUCAAUUUCCCAAAAGAUAAAUCAAUUUCAAAACGUUUGGAUUUUAUUGUUUUCUAUGCUUUAAAUCCACCAAAGCCACAAUCUAAACAUUCUGCUUUUGAUAAAAUUUUAUUACCAAUUGAUAGUGGUGAUAAUUCAAAUAUUCAAGAUAAUAAUAAUAAUAAUAAUAAUAAUAAUAAUAAUAAUAAAAAUAAUAAUAAUAAAAAUAAUGAUAAUGAAAAUAAUAAUAAUAAUAAUAAUAAUAAUAAUAAUAAUAAUAAUAAUAAUAAUAAUAAUAAUAAUAAUAAUAAUAAUAAUAAUAAUAAUAAUAAUAAUAAUGCUAAUAAUAAUAAUAAUAAUAUUAAUGAUAAUAAUAAUACUAAUAAUGCUAAUAAUAAUAAUAAUAAUGAUAAUAAUGCCAAAAAUAAUAAUACAUUUACUUAUGGUAAAUCUACAAAAUCAAAAAAUCGUCCACCAUCUUCACCAAUGAAGUCAAAUAGAAACCAAAAUGUUAAUAAUAAUCACAAAAAUAUUAAUAAUACUAAUGGUAUAGUAGUUGAAAAGAAAGCAAGUUUAAUAAAUAUUUUACACUCUGAAGAGGAAUUUUCUGAUAAUGAAGGAUUUAAACGUAUUGAUACUACUGAUGAUCGUUUAAAGAAAAAACAAAAAUCUUCACCUUAUAAAAAACAUAAACAACCAACCUAUCAAAGACCAAAUUUAGAAUGUGGUAGUGAUUUAGAAACUGAAUAUAGUGACGAUGAUUUUGGUGAUUCAAAUACUCAUGAUAAAUAUAUUCACAUUCCAACAAAUCCAAAAAAUAAACAAUCAACUCAACUCUCUGAAACUUUAUUCUCUAUAAAACCAACCACUAGCCUUUUCAAUCAUAAUAAAAAUUUUAAUAAUAAUAAUAAUAAUAAUAAUAAUAAUAAUAAUAAUAAUAAUAAUAAUAAUAAUAAUAAUAAUAAUAAUAAUAAUAAUAGCAAUAAUAAUAGCCUUUUUACUAAAAAUAAUAAUAAUAAUAACAGCAAUAGUGUUUUAAAUAUUAAAAAUAUUAAUAGUAGUAACAAUGGUAAUAAUAUUAGCACAGAAUUUGAUUUUUCACCUCGUACAAAUAAAAAUAACUAUAGUAAUAAUAAUAAUAAUGAUAUUAAUAAUAAUAAUAAUGAUAAUAAUAAUAAUAACAAUAAUAAUUUACCGAGAUUACCAUCAAUAUCUAGUUUAUCAGAUAAUGGUUCAUUUUUUGGAUUACCAAAUAAACUUGGACCUAUUCCAAAACCAUACCGUGACAAUAGAGACACCAACAAUAAAAGUAGUUUUCAUUUCCAAAAUAAUGAAGAGUUUGAAAAUCAGCCAAACUUUUCAAAUAAAUCAUUUAUGGGUAAUUCAAGCAUUUCUUAUCAAUCCAAUAAUAAUAAUAAUAAUACAAAUAGUUUCAACAAUUUCAACAAUAAUAAUAAUAAUAACAACAAUAGCAAUAAUAGCAAUGAUAAUAAUUACAACAAAAAUAAUAAUGGAUACAACAAAAAUAACAACAAUAGAUUUGAAUAUAAAAGAAAUUCUCAAAUUCAAGACGAUGGUGACUAUGAAUAUGAAGAAGAUGAUGGAUACAUAAAUGAUGAUAUGAUAUAUAUUCCAAGAAAAUAA